AAUUAACUUUUAAUUAAAGUGAUCAAAAGGUAAUCUGAUAAUAACAAUAGUAACAAUUGUUUACAGUAACAAUUUAAAAGUAACAAUUAACUUAAUUAACUGGCAAAGAAACGAGAAGGAAAAAAUAAUGAUGAGAGUUAACUGUUUACCCAUUUUAUUGUUAACCUUAAUUGUUGUAAUCUUUUUAAUUGUGACCAUAAAGAUUAACAAUGUUGAUUGUAAUAGUGACCAUGAUGAUGAAAAAGAUUCAACUGACCAAUUGACCAUCAACAAUAAUAAUAACAAUUGGAAUAAUAAAUCAAUUGAAAGUGAUCAUGAUGGAAAUCAUUUUAAUUAUUAUCAGUGUAAUGAUGAUGAUGAUGAUUAUGAGGAUGAGGAUGAGGAUGAGGAUGAGAAUGAUGAAAACGAUGAUGAUAAUAUUUGGGAAGAUGAAGAGCCAAUAGUGUCCACUAAAUGGUCAAGAAUAAAAGGUUUCGUUCGUAAAUUAAAGGGACACAAAAUUGCCCAUUUUCUUGGUAUACCCUAUGCUCAACCUCCUAUUGGUAAAUUACGAUUUAGAAAACCUCGACCACUGGUCAGUAAACAAUUCAAUUCCAAUGGAAAUGUUUAUUAUCCAUCUAAUUCUAGUAAUGGUCAAGAAAAUGAAACAAUUUAUGAGGCAUUUGAAUUUAGUGCUGCCUGUAUGCAGAAAAUUUCAUUAAUCUGGAAUUUAUCUCAGGUUCCAAUUUCCGAGGAUUGUUUAUAUAUCAAUGUUUACACACCAUUGGUCAGUUUGAAUGGACCAUCAUCUUUACCUGUAUCAGUUCAUAUUCAUGGGAGUGCAUUUGUUUACCUUUCUUCAGCUGAUCCACUUUUUUAUGGUGGACAUUUAUCAUCAAUGGCCAAUACGGUGGUGGUCACUUUCAAUUAUCGACUUGGUUUGUUUGGUUUAAUGUAUGGACAUGAUCAAUUGAUUCCAGGUAAUCAGGCUUUGUAUGAUCAGAGAGCGGCACUUAUUUGGGUUAGGCAAAAUAUUGCCGCUUUCGGUGGUGAUCCUGGUCGUACACUUUCUGGCCAUUCAUCGGGUGCAACUUUUGCCGCUCUUCACCUUUUCUCAACCCAAUCAAGGUAUUUGUUUAAAAAUGCAAUCAUUUUAUCUGGUGCGGCCAUUCAAAGGUCAGCAACUGAUUCCCGUUCUGAAGCAUUGGUAAAGACGAGAAAAUUUCUUCAAACUGUUGGUUGUAGAGAUUCAACUUAUUCCAAUAAGGUUGAUAACUUGACCACUCGUUCGUAUGGUCCAAAUGGUGAGAAUGACCAGUUAACUCAAGAUGAGAUUGAUUGUCUAUUAGCUAAAGAUGCAUUCGAUUUAGUUGAAUUUCAACCUGAUGUGAUUAAGGAAAUUUUCUUCUGGAAGGAAAUGUGUUCAAUUGAAAUUUUCCUUCCUCAUUAUGGUGAUAUCAUGUUCCCUGAAUCUCCUGAUUCCAUGUUGGCUAAAGGUAAUUUUCGUAAAGAUAUUUCAAUCCUCUUAGGUAGAGUUCCAGUUGAAUCGGCUCGAGGAAUAACCAAAGUGACCUGGAAUGUAACUUAUACCAAAGAUUCAAUGAGAAACCAGAUAAAUGCCGUUUUGAGAAACAAUUCAACCGAUAACGUUGAAAGAAUCCUUGAAUAUUAUUUCCAUACCGCUAAAUCGGGUGACCUAAGGUCAAUCGCUGAAUCGGUUUUCUCCUUAUUCAAUGAUUUAUGUUGGCAUUGUCCAAAUCUUAAUCUGGCCUAUUCAUGGUCCAAAUACAAUCGGGUUUACCUUUACUCUUAUACCUACAAGUCCAAUCAUCUUGGUGACCUUGAUCUCGCUCAAUUACUUGGUGCUUAUCACACGGAAGAUGUGUCGCUAAUAUUUGCUUAUCCAUAUCGAUACUGUUCACAUUAUUCCGAUACCGAUCGAGCGGUUUCAUCGUACAUGAUUGACCUCUGGUCAAACUUUCUUUACACUGGAACUUGUGAUUGGCCGUCAAUCAUUAAACAUCAUUCAAUUAUCUUACCUUAUCAUCAGCAAAUUACCGGAAUUUAUAAUCAAAAAGUUGAUAAAUUAGAUGAUAAAAGUUAUAUUUGUGAUCUUGUCAAUCAUUAUCGUGGGAACGAUGUUUAUGUUACUAAUAGACGGAAACAUCAGUUCGCAGCGGAAGCUAUUGGACUUAAAUUUAUCGCUUUUGAAGAAAUCGAUCCAAAUUAUGGCGAGUUAAUCGGCGAUGUGGUUAUCCCUUGUAUGACCCGAUCAAUGACCAAGGUCAAUAUGCCGCCAUUGGAAAGGUUAAAUAGUUGGUCAGGUGAAGAUACUCAAAUUUUGGUCGCUCUUUUAAGAGAGCUCGUUGUAAUCGAUAGACUGUUGCGAUCAUUGGCCGUCGAUUUGAAGCCUGAUCUUAUUAUUGGUGACACAAUUUAUCCUCCGGCCUUUUUUAUGGAAGACAGAAUUCCCUGUAUUCCAGUUUAUUCAGUGAACCCGCUUGGACUUUACGUCAAGUAUGGACUUCUAUCGGGAACUGGAUUUUCAGUCCAUGGGGACAGAAGUUUAUGGGAAAAAUAUCGAGAAAAAGAGAAAGUGAUCAACGAACGUAUUUGCGGUCAUUUUAACGAAUGGUAUUCGAAUUUUGGAUUUCAAGUGACCGAUAUGAAUUUACAUCGCACUUUUGCUAAACACUUUGGUAUUUACAUUUAUCCAGAGGUCUUAGAUUACACUGACCUUGGUCCGACUCCAACUAAUUGGGUUCGACUUGAUCCAAUUAUGCGAAAAUCUAGUGGACGUCGAUUCCGAAUGCCCGAAAAAUUGGCCAAAAAACCCGGUGCUUUGAUCUACCUGUGUAUCGGUACUGCGACCAGAGUUCAUGUCGCUAUAAUGAAUCGUUUAAUCAACACUUUCGGUAAAAGUAAACAUCGUUUCAUCGUUUACAAAGGUCCAUAUGGAAGCCAAUUGACCUUACCUGAUAAUAUGUGGGGUAAAAAUGAUCUUGACGAAGUUGCUGUUAUGUCGGCUGUCGAUCUGAUUAUCUCUCAUGGUCACAAUGAAAUGAUCUAUGAGGGUUUGUACUUUGGUAAGCCGAUGAUGUUAAUGCCGCUAUUUUUCAAUCAACUGGACAACGCUCAAAGGUUUGUGGACUUGAAUCUUGGUGUUCGGGUUAAUCCAUUUGUUUACGACGAGGCGGAAAUUCAGGUCAAAGUUGACAAUUUACUUCAAGACGUUGAUUUACACGCAAGAAUUAAAAAAUUUUCGAGAAAAUUAAAAUCGACACAAAAUCAUCACAAAGUCGCAGAGAUGAUUGAACAAGUAGCUCGAACUGGAAUUAGUCCCUUGGUGAAAAUGGUUGAUGGUCCAGUGAAAAUUUUGUUAACUUCGGUUGAUGCAAUCGGUCACUUGAAUUCGGCUCUUGGUUUCGGUGAGGCUCUUCUUAAGCGUGGAAAUGAUGUUUACUUUACUAAUCGGCGAAAACACCAACAGACAGUCGAGAAACGCGGUAUUAAGUUUAUCGCACUUGAAGAUUUCGAUGAUUCUUUUACCGAGGCCAAUUCGGAAGUUUUCUUGGGCUUCAUUGUACAAUUUAUGUCGAAAAUGGAAUUGACCCCAAUGGAGAGAUUGGAUACUUGGUCAGAAGCCGACAAUGGUAUGAUAACAACUCUAAUAGAUGAGCUCAAGUUAUUGGAUAAAACAUUGAGAAAGAUUAUCGAUAACCUUAAACCCGACAUUCUAAUUGGUGAUAUAAUCUUUUCAAUCCCGCUUUUCGUUCAAAGUCCAAUUCCGUGUAUUCCUCUUUUCUCCGCUAAUCCAGUCAGCAUCUUCUAUGAGUACGGUUUACCUGCUGGAACUGGAUUCUCAGUUCAUAGUGACAAAAGUCUAUGGAAACAAUAUCAUGAUAAAGAACUUGCUCUCCACCAGCAAAUAAUAACACAAUUUGACGAUUGGUUCCAUUCUUUUGGCCUCGAGGCUCCAAACAUGUUCGCUUUCCGAGCAUUUGCCAAAUAUUUUGGAAUUUACAUCUAUCCCGAAGCUUUAGAUUAUACUGAUCUUGGUCCACCGCCUAAAAAUUGGAUUCGAAUGGACUUUUCAAUACGAGAAGCCGAUAAUUCAACGUUUGUUUUACCAGAAUCGCUCACCAAUAGAUCAGGAAAAUUAAUUUAUCUCUCAAUGGGUUCACUUGGUUCAGCUCAUAUCGAGCUAAUGAAAAAAUUGUUAAACACUUUUGGUAAGAGUAAACAUCGUUUCAUUGUAUCAAAAGGACCUCGAGGUGACCAAUUGACUUUAUCUGAAAAUAUGUGGGGUGAUAAUUAUGUCAAUCAAAUUGCCAUUUUACCAAAAGUUGAUUUGGUAAUUACUCACGGAGGUAACAAUACAAUUGUUGAGACUCUUUAUUUUGGUAAACCAAUGAUUGUGAUGCCGCUGUUUUUUGAUCAACUGGAUAAUGCUCAGCGUAUAGAUGAUUUAAAGCUUGGCUAUCGAGUUGAACCAUUUCGAUAUGAUGAGAAUGAUAUCCAUAAAAUGGUUGACAAUCUAUUGGAAGAUAUUGAUUUACAUGAAAGAGUUAAAAAGAUAUCACAACAAUUAAGAUCUUCUGUAAGCCGAGAAAAGGUAACAGAGAUGGUUGAAGAAACAGCGAGAACCAAGCAAACACCCAAGAAUUUAAAUCUAAACUAGAAAAUUCUCCAAACAAUCAAAUCAAUAACACGAACAAUUAAAAAUAAAAUUAAUCAAUUAAUCAACAAA